AUGAAGGCUUGGGAUGCUCGGAGGAAGGAAAUAAAAGUAGUUUUUGGCAGUUGGGAGGAGUCUUAUCGCACUCUUAAUUUGUUCAUGGAUGCUGUUGCAUCUGCAAUGCCUGGAACGGUAUAUAGAAUUCAAAGCACACAGACAAACAGGUUUCAAAGACUAUUCUGGGCAUUUGGUCCUUCUAUUACUGGGUGGAAUUAUUGUAGGCCAGUUCUUUGUCUUGAUGGCACAUUCCUACUGGGUAAAUAUCGGGGGACAUUAUUAACUGCGAUCGGAAUGGAUGCUAAUAAUUGUUUAUGUCCACUUGCAUUUGCGAUUGUUGAGUCAGAGUGUAACGAAUCAUGGAUUUUGUUUCUAAGACAAGUGAAUGAGCUACUCCUCGUAGUUACGAACAGGCACAAUCUCUGUAUCAUAUCAGACAGGCAUGCUGGUUUGGUUAGAGGUUGUAGGGAAAUCUUUCCUAAUGUUGCUCAUCGGCACUGCUUAAGACAUCUACGUGAGAAUUUCAAGAAAGCAAUACGACAUAUGGGGUUAGGAGACGAUGAGUUUUUGUGUCAGAAAAUGUACGCAGCAGGCAAUACAUAUGAUAAAGGGUAUUUUAAUAGAUGUAUGGAAGAUAUGAAGAGGAUCAAAGUAGACAUCCACCAAUGGCUCGUGGACCGUGAUGUGAGCCGUAGGUCUUUAACAAAUUAUGGUGGAUUUAGAUAUGGUGUAAUGACAACUAAUGCAGCUGAGUCUUUUAAUGGAGUUUUGAAGCGAGCACGAGGAUUGCCAAUUCAAGCCUUGAUUACGGCCAUCUACUAUAACAUUAUUGCAAUGUUUAUGAGACAGUUGGAAUUCAUUGCAACUGAAGAGCAACAAAACAAUAACUUCUUUGCACCACGUGUACAGACAUCACUUAAAAGAGUUGAGGAUGAGGCUAGACGAAUGACAGAACCAAUCCGUCUUAACUUGCAUGAAUUUCAAGUUGUUGACAUGUCCUCCAGAUCAUAUAGUGUCGACAUAUUAGACGGGAGGAGGUGCAAGUGUAGUUGUGGGAAACCUUUGCUAUAUCACUUACCUUGUUCACAUGUGGUUAGUUGUUUAGCACUGUUAAGACUAACACAUUUUGAUUAUAUCUCUCCCUAUUACACGAAUAACAACUACAAAUUAAGUUAUUCAGGAGAAUUUCACCAUAUCCCUAAUAAGGAAGAAUGGGGAGAGCAUAACCCGAAUACAAGCAUGAUACCGCUUCUCCCCCCAAAUUACCGAAGGCGAUCUGGAUGUCCAAGGAUAAAUCAGUAUCGCAAUACAAUGGACGAGGCACCACCACGGAGCAAUAGGGUUUGCGGAGCUUGCCACUUAGCCGGACAUAACAGAGCCACCUGCCCAACUAGAUUUGGCCGCAUGAACUAG